AAUACACUCUCUACACCCCCUCCCGCAACAUCCACACCAGCUACUGCUGCCUCUCACAGUGCACCAUCGGCACUGGGAAACCGGGACGGAUGUAUUAGGAGAAGCCCCUACUCACCCCCCUUUUCUUUUCUUUUUUUCUCCCUAAUUUUGUGGGGGUUGACAUCUGUCUUCAAACAUCUGAACGGCUGUGAAAGGCAGAUACGAGGUUAACCAUGGGGAUCAAGGCAGCCCUUCCCAAGAUUGAGCUGUACAUGUACACUGCUGUCCUCUCUCUUGCACUCUUAUGGGCAGGCAGCUGGAUCAUUGAGGCCUCCAGUGAGCAUGUAAACAGAAGGGCAUUUAGGGAGAAUGUGAAACCAGGAUGGCACUACUUUGGCCGAAAAAUGGAUGCGUCAGAUUUUGAAUGGGUUAUGUGGUUUACCACUUUCCGCAACCAUAUCCUUUUUGCCCUCUCUGGUCAUGUGAUCUUUGCUAAGAUCUGCUCGAUGUUGUCUCCAAAGACUGGUAUAGAUGCAUUCAAGAACAGAUCUUUGAUCUAUAUGGUGUAUGGAUCUCUAGCUGUCCUGAUUACUAUGGGAUGGACAUACAUCUCUCUCGUCCUGUCACACUGCAUCAUCCUCUACAGUGUUUCCCUCGUCAAGAGGAAGUGGCUUUGCUUUGUGGCUGGACUUACCAGCCUGGCAACAUUUAAGAUGGAGCCCUUUAACAGUUGGCAGGAAGGCUUUGGGACUGGCUCCUUUGGUCUGCAAGACGUCUUGUUCUACGGAGGCUGCGGCUUCUCCAUUAUGCGCUGUAUGAGCUUUGCUCUAGAGAACUGUGAGAAGAAAGACGGUAACUACAGUUUCUUGGAUCUGAUCAAGUACAACUUCUACCUCCCCUUCUUCUUCUUUGGACCUGUCAUGACCUUUGAUCGUUUCCAUGAGCAGGCUAACAACCCUAACUUGACUCGUAAAGAAAGAGAGAUGUGGAACAUCACCAUUCAUGCUUUGGUGCACCUUGGGGCUAUUUUGGUGGUGGAUGUCUUCUUCCAUUUUCUUUACAUUUUGACCAUCCCUAAUGAUUUGAAGCUUAUGAAGCAACUGUCUGACUGGUCCCUGGCUGGUUUGGCAUACUCUAAUCUGGUGUAUGACUGGGUGAAAGCAGCCGUCAUGUUUGGUGUCAUCAACACGGUAUCCAGACUGGACCAUCUUGACCCCCCUCAGCCUCCUAAAUGCAUCACUAUGCUCUAUGUCUUCUCUGAAACACACUUUGACAGAGGAAUCAAUGACUGGCUAUGCAAAUAUGUCUAUGACUAUAUCGGAGAAAACCAUGAUGCUAUCUUCAAGGAGCUUCUUGCAACCAUCUGCACCUUUGCUGUCACAACUCUGUGGCUCGGACCCUGUGAGCUGGUUUACAUCUGGUCUUUCUUUAACUGCUUUGGCCUAAACUUUGAACUGUGGGUGGCUAAGCUCUUUUCUCUGCCACCGUUUUCCACCAUUGAGCGGAAUCUUAUGUCUGAGGCGAUGUCACGUCGAAUCAGGGGCUUGUUCAACGCUGUUAACUUCUGGCAGAUUAUCCUGUACAACGUCCUGGCGCUAAACAGUCUGGAUUUUGCUCAGCUGGUUGCUAAAAGACUGCUUCUUAAAGGCUUCCCCUUUUCCACUCUCUCGGUGCUGUUAGUGACUUACUGUGGCGUGCAGCUGAUCAAGGAGAGAGAGCGAAAGCAGGCGCUACUGGAUGAUCCGGAACCAGUGCCGCCCCCAGAGACGGGCAAACAGAAGGCCGAGUAAAGGACAGAGAGGUCAUUGAAUCCGAUCCAGCUCUUGAGGUCCUUCUUGUUAAUUCUACCCCUGAGCUUUCAUGCCAGACCGAUGCAGUCCCAUCACUAUGGUCACUGCUUUGCACAAGUCUGUUUUAAAAA